AUGGCAAAGCAGAAGGCUGUUGUGCUCAUUUAUGGUGACUGGGAUGAGUCUUAUAACGAGCUCCCAAGGUGGGUGUUAGGAGUGCAGGUGAUGAUGCCUGGUUCUAUUGCAGUUCUUCGGACUAGCCCUGUUCGAGUUGGGGGACAGCUGGACGAAUCUAAGGCAUACUUUCACAGACUGUUCUGGACUUUUCCACCGUGUAUCGAGGCAUUUCGUCAUUACAAGCCGUUGGUUAGUAUUAAUGGGACCCAUCUAUAUGGCAAGUAUGGGGGUACUCUGCUUGUUGCGAUUGCACAGGACGGGAACUCCAACAUACUCCCUGUUGCAUUUGCACUAGUUGAGGGCAUAACGGCAUACCGAGCUUUCUGCAUUCAUCACGUAGCAGCAAAUUUUGCCCUCACCUUCAAGGGUAAAGACGCAAGGAGGCUUCUCAUGAAUGCUGCCUAUGCUAAAAUAGGGGUCGAGUUUCAUUACUGGUUUGAUAUUCUUCGCUCUGAGGAUCCGGCGAUGUGUGAUUGGGCAAACCGGAUUGAGUAUUCAUUGUGGACACAGUAUUGCGAUGAGGGCCGGAGAUUCGGUCACAUGACGACGAAUAUAUCUGAGUGUGUGAAUUCAUUCCUCAAGGGUGUGAGGAACCUUCCUGUAUGCUCCUUGGUGAAAGCAACGUAUGGUCGGUUGGCCGAACAUUUUGUACGCAAGGGGAGAGAGGUGCAGGCCCAGCUGGGUACCGGACAACAAUUCAGUCAACACCUUGUUAAAUGUAUCGAGGCCAACUUGAAGACGGCAAGGUGCUUCACAGUUACUUUGUAUGACAGGGACAACUUGGAGUACACGGUCGUAGAGACCACUCCUACUGGUUCUUUCUCCCUUGGUAGCUACAGGGUCUCACUCGGAUCUCAGACAUGUGAUUGCGGAUACUUCCAAGAACUUCAUUUCCCUUGUCCGCACGCACUGGCAUGCUGUGCCUUCUCACGAGUCACUUGGCACUCCUACGUCCACCCUGUUUAUCGACUCAGUAACGUUUUCAGUGUUUAUCAGAUGGGAUUCAGACCUCCAAUCCCAGAGGGUUUCUGGCCACCAUAUGAUGGGCUGACGGUAAUACCGGACCCAAACAAGAGGCGUGCAAGGGAGGGUCAUCCCAGGUCUACUCGGAUACGGACGAACAUGGACGAGGCAGAUCCAAACCGGCCUAAGAGAUGCGGGUUAUGUCGGCAACCCGGACACACUCGUCGAAACUGUCCACAGGUCGGAGGUAGCCAGGGAGGACAGUCAUAG